AAAAACUAUGAUGAUGAUGAGGAGAGACUAGAAGAGGUGAAAAGAGAAAAGAAGAAAUGUAAAAAAGCUGAGAAAAAGUUGGUUAUAAAGGAGGAGUCUUUGGACAGAGGUGGUGAAAAGGAAGAGAAGAAGAAAAGGAAACUUGUUAAUGAAUCUCUGGAUGAUGCCAGUGGGUCUUACAUCAUGGGUGGAAAUGACAAAGGAGUCAGCAAAAAGAAGAAAAAGCUGCUGGCUGAUGAUGAGAAUCAAGUGGAAAUGUCACAGAGUUUAAUAAAAGAAGAACAAUGUGAAACAAAACAGAAGGAGAAGAAAGUGAAAAAUAAGUCUGUACAAAUCAAACCAGAAAAUAUAAAGCUGGAGAAGGAAGAGCAAGCUGGAAAGAAUAAAGUGCCAAAGAAAUCCAAGAAAGAAAAGAACAGUAAUUUAGUUGUAAACAAAGAGGACACUCUCAAGCCAGUUAAAGAAAAGAAGAAGAAGCAAAAGAAAAUGGUAGCUAUGGAUGGAUUAAGUGCAAAUACAAAAGAUGAACUGGCCAAGAAGGGACUAAAGUUAAAAAUGCCAAAGGGGGAGAAUCAUGAGGUUGAUGAGGUAAAAGUGAAAAAGAAGAAAAAGAAAAAAGAUAAAACUAAAGAAGAUGGAAAUGAAGUAGAAACACCAGCGAUCAAAGGCAACAACGAAAGGAGCAAAGCAUUGUCAGAUAAAAAUGUAGAGAAUGACAAAAUGUUCACCGAGAAGGACAAAUCUAUAAAGAGUGAGAUUGUUAUCAUAGAGGAUGGUCAGACAGAGGUAAAGAGAAAAGUCAAAACAGAGAAGGGUGGAAAAGCUUCUGUGGAGGUCAGUGACUUUGAGGACAUGGAGCCGAAGAAGAAGAAAAGGAAAAAGGCAAAGUCAAAGGGAGAUGAGGCAGAACCAUUAUCAUUCACAGGCAAAGACGACACCAAGAAGAACAAGCAGAGCAGAGAAACUCAUGUUACAGUGACUGAUGACAUAACGAAGAAAAGCAAAAAGAAGAGCAGCUCAGUUAAAAAACAGGUAGAGAAUGGUGUUGGAAUUGAAACUGGGGCAAAGAAGAGGAAAAUCAAAGAAGAGAUGGUGGAAGAGCCACAGGAGAGACGACAGGCUUUACAGAUGGAGAUUGACAAGGCCUCUCAACCUGAAAAACCAGCUAAACAUUUGGGUUUGGGGCAGUGGAGCACGGCCCAGUUCGACAGCUCAGAACAACAGCAGAAGUUCCUGCGCUUGAUGGGUGGCUUCAAAAAGGGUUUCCAGUCGGCUGCGGUGAGUGCUGGAGGAGCAAAUAUGGCAAUGGGGAAGGGUGCACAGCAGCAGUUGCAGCAAGGGCUUCUGGGAGAGUUUGAGCGUGCUCACUCACGCCAAAUGGACUUCAGUAACAGAGGAGCAGGACUUGGAUUUACUGCACCAUCCAAUAAGAAGUUCUCUAUUGAUAUAAAUUCACGUCGAUCUGUUCGCUUUGAUGAGUGAAAGAAGAAAAAAGGGUGAACGGUUGUAGAAAGGGUUGCGUUGUUUUAUCUGUAGGUUCACACACUGAAUUACCUUCUGAGGUUCACUGGAGAAUCUUAAAACUUCUAUAUAAGGGAGGAUCAGACAGUGAACACAAGAAAUGCCAGGUGUACGUAGUGUAUAUUAAACAUCCUGCUUGAGGAACUGGACUGUUUUUUAAGAGACUGACUUUCAUAAGAGUUUGUGUUUUUAUAUGGGUCAGGUUUGCAUAGUAUUGGUGUACAGUUAUAAUUUUUCUUUGUUAAAGAUACUGCAAGACUAAGAAUCAUUGAUAGUUUAAGGCCAAAAAGUGACUGCAGACAUAAUAGGUGACAUUACAUGACAUUUUCCCCAUAUUGUCCUUGAUUAUACAGUGGGGCAGAUAAGUAUUUGAUACACUGCCAAUUUUUAAAGUUUUCCCACUUACAAAGAAUGGACAGAUCUGUA